GGUUUCUGGGAUUCAUCCACGACAAUUCGUCGGAUAAAUAUCCGAGCUCCCCCGGCAUUUCCGCGAGCUGCAUCAAAGCACCCAAUUAGUUCCAUUGUCACUGCCUGGAGUAUCCAGAAUUCCAGGAUUGAGGACGUAUUAAAGGCUUGUCUUUCGUCACGCUCCUUGCAUUAAUGAAAACCAACUCAGCUCACAAUCAAUCCAUCCUAUGAAGUAACACCUGCUAAACCACUACCCAAGAUGCUGUCUACAAUUGCUCCGCAGCCACCAACCCUACAUGAACCUCUAUCUAAAGGUGAUCACAUCCUGCCUUUAGAAUCUCAGAGAGAGCCCUUGACAAUUGAUGAGCUUGUUCGCCAACGUGCGUCGCUGGGAGCUUCACAACCUAUCAUAUCCUACCCGCGGACCGGCAUCGAAUAUGUGAACUAUCCUCUCCAUCAAUUGGAUGUCUUUGCCUUUCGCGUCUCCAAGGCGCUAGCAGAUCGUCUUCCUCCGCGGGCAUCAUCUGCAGAAACCCCCAAAGUCAUUGCUCUGCUGGGUCCAUCAGAUCCCAACUACCUUGUGAUGCUACUUUGUCUUGCAAAACUUGGUCACAGCGGACUACUCCUGUCGACACGGAUCUCCGUGGACGCCUACGUGUCACUGCUGGAGAGAACAGAAUCAAGACAUAUCUUCAUCCACAGCGCUUUCCGAGACACCGCUUUGGAUAUCAAGAAAAGGCUGCCCGAUCUAGUUAUCGACGAGAUACCCACCGAAGAAAGCUAUCACUAUCCAAUCACGGAGGAUGUCGACACGAACCUUGUCCCAAAUCUGGACCCAGCCGUCGAGUCCAAGUACAUUGCAUGGAUUAUCCACUCCAGUGGCUCGACUGGACUUCCCAAGCCUAUCUUUCACACCCAAACCGCUGCCCUCAAGAACUACUCCGGGCACAUGAACAUGUCCGGAUUUGUCACUUUGCCGCUGUACCACAACCAUGGGAUCAGUUGUCUGUUUCGGACGAUCCACGCCUGCAAGCAGCUGCACCUCUAUAACGCCAAUCUUCCGCUUACAAGACAGUAUUUGCUCGAUAUUAUGGAUGCGAAUGAUUUCGAGAUCUUCUACGGUGUCCCGUAUGCUCUAAAGCUGCUCGCUGAGACACAAGAGGGGAUAUAUGCUCUUGCCAAGUUCAAGGCUGUGAUGUUCGGGGGCUCUGCAUGUCCAGACUCGCUGGGAAACCUGCUGGUAGAAAAUGGCGUCCACCUCAUCAGCCACUACGGAUCCACCGAAACCGGCCAAUUGAUGAUGUCCACCAGGCCUCGAGACGACAAAGGCUGGGACUGGCUCCGUCCGUCUGACAUCGUCAAGAAGUUUCUGCGCUUUGAAGAGCGCUUCCCGGGGGUGUUAGAACUCGUGUGUCUAGAUGGCUGGCCCUCUAAGGUCAUGACCAAUCGGCCAGAUGGCUCCUAUGCCACAAAAGACUUGUUCGUCAAGCACCCCACAAUGGAGGCAUACAAGUACUAUGCCCGUCUAGACGACACAAUCGUUCUGGUCAACGGCGAGAAGGUCAACCCACUCGAUCUAGAAGGACGGGUCCGACAAAGCAGCACUGUUGCCGAAUCCAUUGCGUUCGGCGCUGGCAAAGCCCAUAUUGGGCUGGCCGUAAUCCGGGCCUCUGGCACCGAGACUCUCUCUGACGAGGAGAUCAUUGACAGCAUUUGGCCCGCCGUCGAGAAAGCCCACGAGUCGCUGCCUGCAUUCGGGCAGCUCUCCAAGAGUAUGGUCUGCGUCUUGCCAGCAGACACCCCUUACGCUCGCACAGACAAAGGCACCAUCAUUCGGCAAGCCUUCUAUAAAACCUUCAACUCUGUGAUCGAGGAGAGCUACGCAGCUGCAGACGCCAUGACCGGCACUCUGGUCCUGUCCGAGCCUGAGCUGAGGGUCUUCCUCAAACAGCAUCUCCUCCAGAUCCUCUCCCUCAAGGAUCCGGGUCUCCUAACCGACGAUGCCGACUUCUUCUCCCUGGGCAUGGACUCCCUGCAGGGCAGCCAGCUGCGCUCCAUCCUCGUCCAGACUCUCGACACCCACGGCCACCAGCUUGGACUCAACAUCGCUUUUGAGCAGCCCACCAUCGUCUCGCUCGCCCGCUACCUGGACGUCCUCCAGACUGACAGCCUCCCAACAUACUCGGAACCCAUCCACGACCAGAUGCGCGCCCUCAUCGACCAAUUCAGCCACUUCGAACAGCACAUCCCCCGUCCCAACACCCUCACCGGCCGAUACAUCGUCCUCACCGGUGCCACCGGCUCCCUGGGCAGCCACCUCGCCCACCAACUCUCCCUCCACCCCUCCGUCCACAAGAUCUACUGCCUCAUCCGCGCCUCCUCCCCCAUCGAAGCCUACCAACGACUCCACAACGCCCUCCACACCCGCCAUCUAUACACCUCUCUCCCCAGCACCUCCAAAGCCAAACUCAUCGCCCUCCCGGCCCCCUCCCUCUCCCACCCAACCCUCUCCCUCCCCCAAUCCACAUACACCACCCUCCUCACCGAAACCACCGACAUCAUACACUGCGCCUGGCCCGUCAACUUCAACCUCCACCUCACCAGUCUCGCCCACGACACCCUCCCAACCCUCCUCAACCUCCUCACCCUCUCCCUGAACACCCACCGCCCCACCCCCGCCACCUUCAACUUCUGCUCCUCCAUCAGCAGCGUCAUCGACUCUCCCACCACCCCGAUCCCCGAAUCCAUCCCCGACACCCUCACCGCCGCCCAAAACAUGGGCUACGCCCAACUCAAACUCAUCGCCGAACACAUCUGCGCCAACGCCGCUUCCCAAUCCCCUUCCCUAACAGCCCGCAUCCUCCGCAUCGGCCAAAUCAUCGGCGACACCCACCACGGCAUCUGGAACGCCACAGAAGCCAUUCCCCUCAUGAUCCAAUCCGCCGUGACUGUCGGCGCAUUGCCGAAACUCGAUGAAUGGAUGCGCUGGUUACCUGUUGAUGUGGUUGGCGGUGCUGUGGUCGACAUUAUCCUACCUUCCACAAUUGAAGAAGCCCCCAAUAAAGCACUAGUCUACAACAUCACAAACCCCACCGCCUUCCACUGGACCUCCGACCUCCUUCCUACUCUCCGUACCGCGGGGCUGCAAUUCACUGAACUCGAACCCACGGAAUGGAUAUCCCGUGUGCGGGACGUUUCGGAUCCCAAGGUUAACCCGCCUGUUAAGUUGGUUUCCUUCUGGGAGGGGAAAUAUGCGGGUGUUAAGCCGUUCAAGGGGUUGGAGUUUGUGACAGAGAGGGCGAGGGAGAGGGCGUCGGGGUUGGAAGGCGUGGAAGGGUUGGAUGCGGAGUUGGUGGGGAGGAUGGUGGCGUGGUUUAGGGGGGUUGCGUGGGUUUAGGUUUUGCUUUGUUUGUUUGUCGGUGAGAUUUUUUUUUUUU